UCUGUACUCUGGGGCUGAUCUCGGGAGCGAAGGUCAAAUUGCCCGAGAGGGUUGAUUUGCAUCUUCCAAUGGACGCAUCGCAUGCAAAUGAGGAGGGAGCUGGUUGGCUGGGUGUCGGUAGGAUAAUUCCAGCGAGCCGGGCUCUUUGUCCUUCAGUGGCUGUGGAGCAGCUGCAGUCGGGUGCUGCGGCCCGAGGAGGCAAGUGGGAGAGGGAGCCGGGCUAUCCUCCGCCGGCCGGGGGGCGGAGGCGGUGACGGUGUCCCGGGAGCUGCCCGACUCCAAAACGAGUGAUCGGGCAAGGGAACUAGGGAACAAGCGGCGGCGGCGGCCGCUGCUGGUGCUCCGGUGCAGGGCUCACUCCUGUGCGGGCAGUGCUGGGGAGCUGGGCAGUUGCAGCAGCUGAGGCUGCAGAGGCAGCAGUAGAAGCAAUAGAAGCAACAGCAGCAGAAGCAGCAGCUGCAGCGCACGCCGCGCUCCGGGGGGGAGGGGGAGGGGGACGAGGACGGGACUCGCCAGUGCAAUAUGACUUUGGAGGAAUUCGCGGCCGGAGAACAGAAACCUGAAGGGAUGGACAAGGUCGGGGAUGCCCUCGAGGAAGUUCUCAGCAAAGCCCUGAGUCAGCGAAGUAUCACUGUUGGGGUCUACGAGGCAGCCAAACUUCUCAACGUGGACCCCGACAACGUGGUGCUGUGCCUGCUGGCCGCGGAUGAGGACGAUGACCGAGACGUGGCCCUGCAGAUCCACUUCACCCUCAUCCAGGCCUUCUGCUGCGAGAAUGACAUCAACAUUCUGCGGGUCAGCAACCCCGGGCGCCUGGCCGAGUUGCUGCUGCUGGGGACAGGUGGUCCUGCCAGCGCCGCCGCGGCAGCCGCCGCCGCCGAGCAGCCCCCGGACCUGCACUGCGUCUUGGUCACGAACCCGCACUCGUCUCAGUGGAAGGAUCCAGCCUUGAGCCAGCUGAUCUGCUUCUGCCGGGAGAGCCGCUACAUGGACCAGUGGGUCCCGGUGAUUAACCUCCCCGAGCGGUGAGGGCGCUCCCCCGACCCGAGGCCAGCCGGACGGACGGACGGACGGACGGACGCAAGUUUUGAAUGUCUUUCUAGUUUCUCCAGCCCUCCCCACACUGCCAAGGAUUACCGACAUUGUUAAGGCGGGGCUGCGAGCCCCCCCCCACCGGCCGGGCCGGGCCGCACACUGCUGACUUUGCGGAAGGCACGAGAAGAGGGCGAAGGGCCGGGCUGUUUGGACACACGCUGGGGCUGAGAAAGCCCAGCCUUUCUUUUGGCCGGGACCUGCGGGAGGGGAAGCGGCUGCACUUACAUGGCAUGGCGGAGGGCCCCCCACGGGGCGCGUGGAUUUCUCGGUUUCUGUGCCCUCCCCCCCCCCCCCGGGCUGUUUUACUGAGUUGUACUAAGUUAUUUGUGACAAAGCCAGGGGUUAUUUAUGCUCUUCUGGGGACGCGAGCGAUACUGCAAUAAACCAUUGAGGGGCC